GUCUUCUGUUAUGACACAACUGUCCUUAGCAAGAGACUGAACGAUACACGCCUUCUCCUGUGUACUCUUCAUCAUGAACAAGCAUGACGGUUUGGCUGAUUGGAUGUCCAAGCUGCCUGCAGAGCUGACCACUGUGCCCCUGUGGAACCUGGCCAUACCUGGGAGCCAUGACAGCAUGGCGUAUUGCCUGGACACGUCUGGUGACCUAGAGCCUGAUAUACCCAGCUGGUAUCCCAACCUGGAGGAGGUCUUCCCUGGGGUAUACAAGUACAUCAUCAAGAGAUGGACCAGCACACAGGCUUUAAGCAUCACUCAGCAGCUUGACGUUGGCGUUCGCUUCUUUGACAUGCGGAUCGCGCGGCUGCCAGACGAAGACGAUGGCACAUUAUACUUCGCCCACAUACUCUACACCACAGCAACUGUGUUGCGCACCUUCAGGCAGAUGUCCAAGUGGUUGGCUGAGCACCCCAAAGAGGUCGUCAUCAUCUCCUGUAGCAACUUCAACAGCAUGAGCGACGAUGACCAUCAGGCCUUCAUCACACAACUGAUGGAGAUAUUCUCACACACACUCUAUGCCUUUGACCAGAACGACUUACAAGGAGGAAAUUCAAACAACCUGCCAAUGCCCCCAACUGACGCCACCUGGUGGACUUUCCGUACACCUGCGUUCUACGUAGACUACACCACUGACCCCAACCCUAAUGUGCAUUGCAUCGCGUUAUAUUACUCAGUACUCUUUUGGCUCCAGGUAACUCCUACUCUGCAGGACUGCUGGGAGAAGAACCACCAGGUGAUCUUAUCCUACGCUGACCAAAAGCAAGCAGCCAAUCAGGAGCUGCUGUGGCCGGAGAUCGAUUACUGGAAGGCCAAUCCGAAGGCAGGAGAUGAGGAAGUAGGCUAUGGUUCGGUGGCAGAGAAGAGGGCAGAGGAGGUCGUAGAGUACCUGACCAACCGCCUGCAGAAAGAGGGCAGAGAUGAAGCCAAAUUCUUUGUGUCUGGUCUGAACGUGACGGCAGUGGAGUAUGACGUGCUAGGGGAUCCACUAGGUGAGCUCGUUAAGUGGGCUUCUGAUGCGCGGCCUCAGCUGAUGCAGUGGGCCAUCAAACAGCAGCCAGGACCUGGACACAACUGCAUCAACAUACUCGCUAUGGACUUUGUGGACCAGGAGUUUGUCCAGACAGUUAUCAACAUCAACACUGGAAAAGAAAAUAAUACAGGAAAGAAUGACUGUGAAUGA